CUGCGGGCGACGCGAUGACGUCACGGGCGUGCGUCGCCGCGCGCGGGAGCGGGAGAAGAUGGCGGCGGGGCCGAUCUCGGAGAGGAACCAGGAUGCCACGGUUUACGUGGGGGGCCUGGACGAGAAGGUCAGCGAGCCCCUGCUGUGGGAGCUCUUCCUGCAGGCCGGGCCCGUGGUCAACACGCACAUGCCCAAGGACCGGGUCACGGGCCAGCACCAGGGGUACGGCUUCGUGGAGUUCCUGAGCGAGGAGGACGCCGACUACGCCAUCAAGAUCAUGAACAUGAUCAAGCUGUACGGGAAGCCCAUCCGGGUGAACAAGGCCUCGGCCCACAACAAGAACCUGGACGUGGGCGCCAACAUCUUCAUCGGCAACCUGGACCCCGAGAUCGACGAGAAGCUGCUCUACGACACCUUCAGCGCCUUCGGGGUCAUCCUGCAGACCCCCAAGAUCAUGCGGGACCCCGACACGGGCAACUCCAAGGGCUACGCCUUCAUCAACUUCGCCAGCUUCGACGCGUCGGACGCGGCCAUCGAGGCCAUGAACGGGCAGUACCUGUGCAACCGGCCCAUCACCGUGUCCUACGCCUUCAAGAAGGACUCCAAGGGCGAGCGGCACGGCUCGGCGGCCGAGCGGCUGCUGGCGGCGCAGAACCCGCUCUCGCAGGCCGACCGCCCCCACCAGCUCUUCGCCGACGCCCCCCCGCCCCCCUCGGUGCCCGCGCCCGUGGUCACCGGAAAGUGGCGCCUGCCCACUGGCAAAUAA